ACGUUGCUCUUCUGCGUGUAACUUCUGCUGCUGCUGCUGUUGCUGCUGCUGCUCAACUGUCUCAUCUCAGGAGUUUGCAGAAGUUUACCUGUGCUGUUGCGUUGGCACUUUUCACUGAACAUGACGCUUUCCCGGACGCUCACGUUGUUACUGACUUUACUCAGCCUCGUUGAGAGCAAACAGAAAGACUUUUACAAUUUCAAAGUAGUCAACAGCAGAGGGAAGUUAGUGUCCCUGGAAAAAUACCGGGGCUCGGUGUCCCUGGUGGUGAAUGUAGCCAGUGAAUGUGGAUUCACCGAGGAACACUACAAGGACCUGCAGCAGCUGCAGCGAGACUUUGGGCCAUAUCACUUCAACGUGCUGGCAUUUCCCUGCAACCAGUUUGGGCAGCAGGAACCUGGCAGCGACAAGGAGAUCGACAGCUUUGUGCGCAGAGUCUAUGGAGUCUCCUUCCCCCUUUUCAGUAAAAUUGCUGUUGUUGGAACAGGAGUGAACAAUCUCUACAAAUAUCUUGUUGAGUCUUCUGGAAAGGAGCCUGACUGGAAUUUCUGGAAGUAUCUAAUUGAUGUAAACGGGAACGUGGUGGAUGCAUGGGGACCAAAAGUGUCUGUAAAAGAAAUCCGACCAAAAAUAACGGAAAUGGUGCGAAAAAUAAUCCUAAAGAAGAAAGAAGAGCUUUAACUGAUUGUUUCAAGAAUUUCAAUACAUUCUAAAUUCAUUGUCAGAUGUACAGUAUGUUGCUUAUAUAAUGUGACUCGGAUCCAACUUCACUCCCAGUGAAACCCCACAUGCUCUCUAAACGCACUGAUGAAACACCUCUAUGUUUUAAGUUUGAUGCUAAGUGUUUUGUUGUGUGUAUGACAUCUGACACUGUGGUUUUGAGCUCUGUAUGUUUCAUUUGUGGAAUAAACAUGUUCUGUAAUGAGA